AUGGGCGAAUCGUUUGACAUACAGAACCUCCUCCAGGCGGGUUACUUCACAACUUCUCGAGCCAAGAGUCCGAAGCCGUAUGGUCACCGAAAUCUUUCAAGAGAACUACUACUUACACAGAAAAAUAGUCCAUCGUCGCCAAAGUUAGAUGAUCGUCCUUCUUCUCAACCCCCACCGUCGCAACAGCCACCAUAUCAGCUACCUUACUACCCUUUAAUACCACGACCACGGUCCGCCGCGCCGGCACGAGUACCAAGAGUUAGACCACCGCCUCCAUCUGUGGAAGAUGAGGAAGUCUCUCUCAAGCGAGAGCAUGGUGUGUGCCUCGCAAAGCAUCAGGAAGAAGAGCCCCCAUCCCGUGGAGAUAUUGAACAGAACCCUAUGAUAAUGGAAGUUCAUGAAUAUAACCCUGAGCGGCGGUUUGUCAUUCUGACAGGAUCAUCAAGCGGCUCAGAAGGUGGUGAAGCAGAAACGAGGGUUGGGUCGGACAGGAGACGUGAGACCGAGAGACGAAGAGAAGAGGACCGACGCAAUGAGCCAAGCAGGAGACCUGAACCUGAAAGAAGGGCUGAACCUGAACGAAGGGCUGAACCUGAACGAAGAUCUGAACCUGAAAUGAGGAACGAAACAAAAACUCCUCGCGCUGACCGGUUCGAGAAAGCCCAAAGGAACGAGCGACUCGAGCGACAAGAUCGGCCAUUGGGUGACGCAUACACAGACACAAGAUCCAGCCGGAGAUACGAUACUACUCUCAAGGCUGAUGUAACAACGAGCAGGGAGCGUAGUCGACCACCGUUGGAAAAGAGACGCAGUCGGCAGGAUCUACCUCGACUCGAAACUGAAUUUAGAGACGACCAACUCCCCGAAAAAUACCGUACUCGUCCUUCAGCCAGCGGACGACAUGACCUACCCCCUGCACGACCCCCAAAGAUUCCUCUUGACCCCCAGCUCGCACCUGAAGUUAUUAAAAGUAGCGCCAGCGGACGGGAUCAAGCGUACUAUGGACAGUCUCAGAGUGCUUCUCGUAGGUCUCCUACUCGACCAGGGCAUGUAUCAAGCGCCCCGAAUGAGCGACGAUAUGAUAAUGGUCACACUCGUACUUCUUCAACCGCUUCCACCUCAAAGCGUACGAAUGUCGAGGCUGAGAAACCGACACGCCCUCUUUCAAAAGAGCGGAUUGGAGAUGCGUCAGCUCGCCCUCUUUCCAAGGAUCGUGAUGAGCAAGCUGCUCGUCCGCUUUCAAAAGAAAGAGUUGGAACUGAAUCCUCUAACCGAGGCGAUUACUUGCCAAGAACUACCAAGAAAGAUAGAUCCCCUUCCUAUGGGAGGACUGAUCGUGAAGAUUAUGGAAGAUCAUCGACAUACCCUCCUCGUGAGCCGACACGGGAACCAACAAUAAGACGUGAUGACCGUCGUGAUGAUCGAGGCGACGACAAUCGCUCUGGUGACGAUCAUCCAAAGGGUCCACGGGAAUUGCACCCAAGACGGAAGAAGUCUGUCGUGUUGCAGGAUGAACGCGAAUCCCAGCCAAAGCUGGAAAAGGUUGAUGCACCAAGUGGUCCCCGAUUGAGACCACGAGGACCUACGAUGCCUAUUCCAGUCGUUAUCCCUACGGGUUCGGCAGUCUCGGAUGAUUUUACUCAAAACUUACGACCUGCGUCAACCUUUCCAGUUGCUCGAGAUGAGCAUGUUCUUCCAGAGAGGCCUAAAAAUGAGCUUCCAUAUCCCAUGGACGAGGAUACUUUGAUCGACCCCUUCGAUACCCGCAGCAAGUCUGAAAGGAUUGGUAGGCCACGAUCCCAAUACGAACCAGACCCAAUCAUAUCAAUGCCCGAGAUGCCAACGCCUAUUGCCAUUGGCCCUGAAAUACCACUUGAAGCCAGGCCAGCAUCAGCUAUUUCAUCUUCCACUCGCUCUCCAGCUUCUUCGCAGUCAUGGCAACCUCCAACAUUCGACCCUAAUCGAGAUGGCGUUCGCCUUGAGAAACCAGUGGGGUCUGUUAGGCGUCACUCGGAGCAUCAAGAAGCGACAGGUGUGACCACGUUCCCCGAAUGCCGCCGCAAGCACCCCGUUGCAGGUUUGGUGGAUUGGCUUACACUGCCUCGUACAGAGUUCAACAUUUGUCCUGAUUGUUAUGGUUCCAUCUUUGCCAAAACCGAAUACCGAAAGCCAUUCCAGCCGAUGCUUCGCCCCUCGGCUCAAGCAAUUGCAUGCGAUUUUGGCGUUGGACCAUGGUAUCGUAUUGCCUGGCUCCUCACCUUGAAAAACGAAGUGCCGGAUCUACGACUCUUUCAUGAGGUUGCCAAAGCCAUAUCUACCACUUACAGCCUACCGUGCCCUGGUGACAGAGUCACCACCCGUAAUUGGCUAACGCUCUGGAAUCCAUAUACUCGACAGCCUGUAUAUGAUUUUACCAUAUGUCCCCAAUGCGCUCAAAUUAUCCAGGCACUGUUCCCCAAUCUGACUGGCAUUUUCAUUCCUCUGGACUCCCGCUCAGAACCUACUAGGGGGCUUUGCGCGAUGCGUUUUAAGCCAAAAAGAAAACGUUUCGUCAUGUACUUUGACGCUAUGGAAACGACUUCAGACCAAGCUCGACUGGAACACGAAGAGCCAGACCUUGGCACACUUGCACAAGAAGUUGAGAAGAUGGCCGCAGUGAGCGAGUGUCAAGAGGACAAGCCAAUCACCAACGGAUACUGGCAUAUCAUGCAAUACCUUCGACAGUUCUCUGUCUGUGGCGAAUGCUUCGAUGAGGUCGUCAGGCCAUUAAUAAAAGACGACAAUGUCAUCGCUCGCAACUUUUAUAUGAAGCCACAAAAGCUGCCACUCGCAACCUGCCAGCUCUACUCUAAUCGAAUGAGAGAGAUUUUUAAAAAGGCGUGCCGGUGGAAUGACCCCAAAUACCUAGAAGCCAAGGUACUUGAGAGGAUGGAUGUCGAAGCCAUGAUUCACGAAAAACUGGCCAAGCUGGACAGAUCCAAACAUGAAGACGAGGAUUGGGUUGAGGAACAGGUAGAUAAGUAUAUUCAAGAAUGGAAGAGGUGGGAAUGA